AUGGCUGACGAAGAUGAUGUUGUUUUGGGCACAGCUGAUGAAUCAAAAACUCCGAAUGCUAAGGGCCCUACAGUAGGCCCAUCAACCAGCAAGUGUAAGAGAUCCGAGCAAAAUGCCGGUGAGAAAGAAGAUAAUGCUCCAAAGAAGAAGAAGGGUGGCGGACAAGCAAUUACAAAUACAGCUGAAUAUAUGUCCCAUGAUCAUUAUAAUACUGUUCCAGAAGAAUUAAAGCAGCAAAGAGAUAAGCGUUUGCAAGGAUUCGACGUCACUAACUUUGCAUUUCAUCCACCAUGGGGUGACUGCCGAGAAAUUUCUCUCAUAAAACCAAGUGAUCCCCAGGAGAGACCGUCGCCUCCACCAAAUGCUCAUGAGUCUUCCCUUCGCACACCUGAAUCUUAUCCCGAUGAGCUUGCUAAGCGUCAGCGCAAUGCCAUCACACGAGCUAAGAGGGCUGAAAAGAAAAUGGCUCGUGAAGAAGGAAAUCGUCGCCUUCUCAAGGAUGACGUAGAGAAGAAAAAGGCUGAAGGUAAAUCCGAAGGUCGCUCUAAACGCAAGCAUGAUCCCAAUGUUGCUGCAUCAAAGCAAAAGAGUGCACCAAAGAAGAGAACUGCUGAGCUAGAUGAUGAUGUUGCCACAAGUGGUUCUUCGGAUGAUGAUGGUCCUCCGCCCACAAGGGAAGAAGUUGCUGCUGCUUCCAGCGAGCAAUUAAAUAUCACUACUUCAACGGUGUUGCGUGAUCUUCGAGUCCGUAUGGUUCCAAUAGCACCACCGAAGAAGAUCUCUGCUAGGAAAACUCCAACUACCACUGUCAUGAUGAAAGAACAUGUGAAUACAACUCCUCAUCCAGAUGCUAUCAAUUUGAAGGAUUUGGUGGUUGAUGCUCCUAUGAGUACUGCAAAGCCAGGCGAACAGAUUCCCAAGCCUGACUUGAAGAAGAUCAAGGCGCCUACUACCGAUCGUAAUGCUCCUCAAGCUACUGCUCUGAAGGAGAAGGCUGCUAAGUUUGCUCCUACAGUAAUUCAACCGUUGGCUUCUAAACCUCCUUCCGAGCAAGUUCCCGUGCAAACUGCACUAGUUGUCCAGUUUGAUGCUCCUCUCUACUGUUCAUCGUGGAACAACUUGAUAAGUUUGUGGAUAAUCCAUUCAAUGGUGAAGUGGCCACUCUGCCUAUCCCUCCUGAAGUUAUUACACAGGCCAUUUACUUUGUUCAAGAAAUGA